ACUAAAGGAAAAGAGGAUUGGAUAACACUGGGGAAUGAGGUAAUUGAAUUCGCUGGAGCUGACAGCAUCUUUAAGAAACAUUCAGUUUGGAGCUUGGGAACGCCAUCACAAACAACGCUUCUGGAAGUCAUGAGAACGUAUUGGACCGUCUAAACAAAGGAGAAGAUGAAUCGAUGGCGACGGUCCGUGGGAGAGCUCCAGGCCCGGCGACGCCCGCUGCUGGAAUGUCAGCGAGCACAGGCAGCUUUCAUCAAGGUGACUGCAUGUCUCCAGCUGCAGGCCACUUGUCUGGGGAGCAACUCUGACUGCAGCCGCCUGAGAGAGGAGUUGGGUGAAACCAGGGCACUAGCACACAGCCUCUGCACAGGGCUGCAGAAGAGGCUGACAACACUGUUGACUCAAGGAGAGCUACCGCAGGAGGAAAGGGCAGAAGCAGAACGAUUGUGGGUCCUUUUCCUGUCCGGGCUGGAGAUCUUCCAGCAGGACUUGCAAAAGGUCAUUCUCCUACAAGAGCUCUUCCCCUUAAAGCAGCCCCGUGACCGACUGUCACUAGUCAACACAGGGGGCUCGGGUGACGGGAUAGGAGUCACAGGCCGGGUAACCAUGUCACAGAUGCCCUGGCCAAAGACGCAAGACCAAGACCCCUGUCCGGACCUCAGCACGCAGAUCUCCCAGCUGGAGGCCAUGGCCCAGGAGAUGCUGCGCAAGGUCAACGUACCGUUCUGGUCAGUAGAGGCCACACAGGAAGCUUGGGCAGAUAGUGUUGAUACAGAGCAAGACGAUGAGCCCGUGGAGGAAAUGUCAGUGGAGAAUGUAGCAGCUGGACCCCAGAGGCUUGGUGGGUGCUGUCACUAUCCUGGCUGCCGGGUCCUCUGCUUGCUCAACUGAACACCACGGAGUGUUUCCUCAACCCAGUCCCCCGAGAACCCCACAGAGCACACAUUUGUUCCCUUCCAUCGUGGUCUCUGAGGACUGGAUUGAGAAACACCGCUAGAGGUACAACCACACCCAAGAUCGGCAUAGUAGGUAAGCAUACAGUAAGAGUGCUACUGCAAAUGGAGGCGGCUAUACAGAAUCGAGUCAGAUUAUACUGGAUUAUGAAAUUUGUACUGCAGAAUCAUAGGAAGUGUAACAGUGUGUCAAAACUGGAGAAAUACUGGGAGUAUUAUGAUGUGCAUUAAAUACUGACAUACAAUCUGUGGUAAA